UCAACAAAGCAAGCAACGAUGAACGAUCCGGAUCGCAAAAUUGAAAUUGAUAAAUCUUCGUUGCUAAGUUUGAAAGCGGAAUUACUUCGCAAACAGGAGGAAGUGAGCAAGGCGAAGGCAACGUCCACGAUUGACGAUUUUGUGCCCAAACAUGCUCCCAAAAACGACAAAAACUCUUCGGAGCGCAGCGAACAGCGAAAGAAGCAUCGUAAUCGGGACAAACCGAAGAUCACGGAGCUGGAGGAUUCCGAGCAGCUCGCACGAUCAAAGCGAAUGCUGGCAACGAAAGCAAAGUAUUACGACCGGAUGGUGGCGUCCGGAGGUGCGCUAAACAGUGACGAGAACAGUUUGGUUAUGUUCAACAAGAAAAAGCAGGACACGAAGCCAGCGUAUCCACUGUCGGAAGAGUCCGCACCAGACGAUAGCAGUAGCGAGUCCAACGAUAGUGAUACCAACGAGGGCACCGACGGCAAAUGGGUGGAAUACGUCGACUGCUUGGGACGAACCAGGAAGUGUCUUAAGGAGGACUUGGAGACGUGUCUCGAACGUGAUAAGGCCCUAGCGAAAGCGAUGGCUCCGCGAGAGGGACAACGUAGGGAAGAUUUGGAAAAUUCUGCCAAAGAAGCCCCAUCGGAAGCACCCUUCGGGCGGAACCAGCCUGAUGAGGAGCGUAGUGACGAAGAGGAAGAAGAAGGUGAAAUAAUCGGCCCAAUGCCUUCGACGGCGAUCAACGAAACAAACAUCGGAGCCGGCUUCCGUGAAAUGAGGCAACAGUGGAUGCAGCAGGAGGAGGCCAAUUUGGAGAAAGAUUCUAUCCACUAUCAAGACGUUCUGUUCGACGAGGCCCGUCUGCACGGUGUCGGGUACUAUGGGUUUUCCACCGACCAGCAGGAACGUAACCGGCAGCGGGACGAACUGGAUGCGAUCCGCGAGUCCACGAUCGAGGCCCAGAAGGUGCGGGAAGAGUUACGGACGGCUCGCGAUCGGAUGAUUGCCGAUCGGGUGAAGGCGGCCCGCGCUCGGCAACGGGCCCGCCAGGGAUUACCACCAGAAGAUGAGGCAGCCGAGGAGGAGAGACGACGGCAGGAGAGCGAGCAGAACCCACUGUACGACACGGUGGAAGAAGAGCGGGCGCGCAAGGCAGCGGACAAGCAACGCAAGAAACAGGAGAAGGCGGAACGACGAAGGGAACGCGAACGGGCGCAACACGUGCGCCCGUGGGACGAGGGCAAGGAGCAGAGCGGCGAGGACCGUGAGUGGGUACCGGCCAAGGAGCGCUUCGUCCUGUCGCAGCACGAAUGGAACGAUCUGAAGCGAAGCGAACGGAUCGCAGAAUUUGCGCCACCCUCCGAGCGGCCACCACAUCCGGGCACCAGUCACCAGGCGCCGCCGCCGAGAUGGCAACCACCUCCGAUGGAUGUUCCGCCACCGCGCAUCGCAUCGGACUCAUCGCCCGAAUCAAGUGAUGAAGACUCACCGAUGGUCGGGCCGAUGCCACCACCACCGGUACCGGCACCAGCCUUCGAGGACAUUCCGUUCCCAGAAGAGGACCAGCAGCAGAGCGGUGGUCGGGCUUUGUUUUUCACGACGAAAAAACAACCCAUCAAAAGGGAGCUCAAGCGUCGCAAUCUGCAUGUGGAGGAGGAGGACAUUCCGGUGAAACAGGUACCGGUACCGAUACGGAACGAGCUGCUCGAGGACGCUGAAAGCACCAGCGACACGCCCGAUGGAACGGAACGAAGAAGGGGAGCAGAAAUAGAACCCCCGCCGACGUACGAUUAUUACGGCCCGUCGGACGUCGCCGGACGCCACGGUUCGUCGUCGUAUGGCCCACCGCGCACCGGGGGGGCCGGUAACCUGGAGGCAUCGAUCGAGGCCGGGCUCAAGUUCUUGCGAAAUCAAUCCGAUAAAGGCACGAUAAAAACCAAGAACAGCUGGACUUCGAAUGCGGAUUAUUAA